UGUGCCUAUUCAUCAUGGCGGAUAUCCGUCUUCCAUCGCCAUUUUCUAUCUCGAAAUCUUGGCGUUUAGUUUUCAUAAAUUCGAAUUAACUUAUUGAUAUUAGAUUCAGUCGUUUUUUACGAUGCCUCAGUAUCCAGUAUUUUUGAAUGUUUAUGACAUGUACUGGAUAAACAGCUAUACUUUUAAUAUUGGACUUGGGGUGUUUCACUCUGGAGUCGUUAUUCAUGGAAAGGAAUAUGCAUAUGGUGGACAUCCUUAUGAAUGGUCAGGAAUUUUUGAUAUGUUUCCAAGGAGUUCUGAUCAUUUAGGACCAGAAUUUAAGUUCAGAGAGUCAAUAAAGUUAGGGAUUACAGAGAUAACUGAAGAGGAGCUAAAUGAUAUAGUCAGAGAAAUGGGUGCACGUUAUACUGGAGUUUCAUAUCAUUUGAUUGAUAAAAAUUGUAAUCAUUUUACUUCUGAAUUGAGUCAGGUUCUAUGUGGAAAGGACAUUCCUGGCUGGGUCAAUAGAUUAGCAAAUGCAGGGUCAUACUUUCCUUUCCUUCUCAAAUGUCUACCCAAGGAAUGGAUUCGUCCAGAACCAGAAUCACCUACAAGUCCUCUUUUUGUUAAUGGUUCAGCAUUUAGAGAACUGUCAGGAUCAGAUGAUGAAGCUAGAAUCGAUAACAACAAAAGAUAAAUGCUAUUAGAAAGAAUAAUUUACUGCUUUUAAUAAAGUAAGAUGUCUGCAAUUUUAAGUAAUUGCAAAAAUUAAUCCAAGGCUCAAAACACAGAACAUAGAAGCUGAGUCCAAAAAGUAUAUAUUUCUGGGAAAUGACAGUUGUAUUCCAGUGUCUUCACUUAUUGAAAUUUGUAGUUAUAUAGGCAAUAUAAAACCUGCCAAAAACCAUAUUCAGAUUGUUUUAAACCUUCAGGGCACAAAAUUAACUUUUAAACCCACUAGCAAAAUCUUGCUAGUAGGUUUUGUUUUAACUAGCAAAAAUUUCAAAGUCACUAGCAGUCAAUCCCAGCAAAAGACAAACGUUACUUUAUGCAGAUUCUAAACUUUUUCAGUCGUUCAAUUUCUGGACUGUGGUCAUACUCACAAAACUUAGCUUGUUAAAUCUUUCUUACUCACUAAAUAAAUAAUUUCAUUGGCAUUUUGCGAGUUAGCAAGGGUUAAUUUUGUGCCCUGGCCUUUGAAGGGACUGAGUAGAAUUGUAUUUCUCUAACCCUUUCUUAUGUUACAGCGUUAAGACAUUUAGGAUAGUGUUAAAGACUGCUGUGACUCGUAAUGCACUUCAUAAUACACUGCAUAAUAUACUUCCCAUAUAUAAUAAUAUAUUGGCCUCAGAUGGUUCCCUUACCUAUGCACAGAGUUGUAUUAAACUAUAUAGAGUGCAAACCAUAUAUAUCCAUGAAAUAGUACUAACUAAUUUGUACAAAAAAGCACCAAUGAAAACUAAAGAAGUAGAUGUGUUUAGUGCUAUUUAGAUUUUGUGCUAUUAGGGUUUGCACUCCACCAAAGAAAUGUGAACUUGUAACAAAAUGAAUACAAAUAAAACAUCAACAGAUCAACUCACAAUCACACUUCCCUGAUGGCAGACUCUCCUUUUCUUUUACUUUUGGUAGAUCUCACAAAUACUGUAAAUGCAGAUCCAGCCAAAGAAAAAGAAAAUGAGACUCAAUCUUUCAGCAGGGAACAAUCACACACACAAAAUGAAGCACACAAAAAAAUAUUUCAAUUCCAAGUGAUUUUAAUUUAAUAAGACACAAAAUUACCAUGUAUAAAAAUUAUAGCACACUUUUUUCUUUGAUGACCUGGCUUUUUUCCCCUUAAUGGGAAGAGAAGUGUACAGCUAUCCUGGGAAGAAGAUUUAUGAAGAAUUUUAUUUCAAAAUUUAUAUCCGUAAUCAAUUUAUUUAUUUGCAAUGUUAUUUUUGUAAUCUGUUAAUAUCUUAGAGAGAAUAGAUGAAGGAGCAUUCAUACAUAAUAUUAUACAUAUAUAUAUAUUGUGAUAAACUGCAAUCCAAUAAACAGUAAUCCGUAUCAAA